UUUCGCGCCGGUUGCCGCUGCGGAGCGCGGCGGGUCCAUGUGCGCAGUGAGCGGCGCUAUUCCUGGCCCAGUAGCACUCGAGACCCGGGUUUGAGCGAGUCCACGCUGCGAUGGACCCCAACACCAUUAUCGAGGCCCUGCGGGGCACCAUGGACCCAGCCUUGCGUGAGGCCGCGGAGCGCCAGCUCAAUGAAGCACACAAGUCUCUGAAUUUUGUUUCAACACUGCUUCAGAUUACUAUGUCAGAACAACUGGAUUUACCUGUGAGACAGGCAGGUGUUAUCUAUUUGAAAAAUAUGAUAACACAGUAUUGGCCUGAUCGCGAAACGGCACCAGGGGAUAUAUCCCCUUAUACUAUUCCAGAAGAAGAUCGACAUUGUAUUCGAGAAAAUAUUGUAGAAGCCAUUAUCCACUCUCCUGAACUCAUCAGGGUACAGCUUACUACCUGUAUUCAUCAUAUCAUCAAACAUGAUUAUCCAAGCCGCUGGACUGCCAUUGUAGACAAAAUUGGCUUUUAUCUUCAGUCUGAUAACAGUGCUUGUUGGCUAGGAAUUCUUCUUUGCCUUUAUCAGCUUGUGAAAAAUUAUGAGUACAAGAAACCAGAGGAACGGAGUCCAUUGGUAGCAGCAAUGCAGCAUUUCCUGCCAGUUCUAAAGGACCGUUUUAUCCAGCUUCUUUCUGAUCAGUCUGAUCAAUCUGUCCUCAUUCAGAAACAAAUUUUCAAGAUCUUCUAUGCUCUUGUUCAGUAUACACUACCACUGGAGCUGAUAAACCAACAGAACCUGACAGAAUGGAUAGAAAUUUUAAAGACUGUUGUGAACAGAGAUGUACCUAAUGAAACACUUCAAGUUGAAGAAGAUGAUAGACCUGAGUUACCAUGGUGGAAAUGUAAGAAGUGGGCUUUACAUAUCUUAGCAAGGCUUUUUGAAAGAUAUGGAAGCCCUGGCAAUGUUUCCAAGGAGUAUAAUGAAUUUGCUGAAGUAUUUCUGAAGGCAUUUGCUGUUGGUGUCCAGCAAGUUUUAUUGAAGGUGUUAUAUCAGUACAAGGAAAAGCAGUAUAUGGCUCCUCGCGUUUUACAGCAGACAUUAAAUUAUAUUAAUCAAGGAGUUUCUCAUGCCCUCACCUGGAAGAAUCUGAAGCCUCAUAUACAAGGCAUUAUCCAAGAUGUUAUUUUUCCAUUGAUGUGCUAUACAGAUGCUGAUGAGGAACUUUGGCAGGAAGACCCUUAUGAAUAUAUACGCAUGAAGUUUGAUGUGUUUGAAGAUUUCAUUUCUCCUACCACUGCUGCCCAGACACUUUUGUUUACAGCCUGUAGUAAGAGGAAAGAGGUACUACAAAAGACUAUGGGAUUUUGCUACCAGAUUCUUACAGAACCAAAUGCUGAUCCUCGAAAAAAAGAUGGAGCCCUGCAUAUGAUUGGCUCUUUAGCUGAAAUACUUCUGAAGAAAAAGAUCUACAAAGAUCAGAUGGAAUACAUGUUGCAGAAUCAUGUAUUCCCUCUCUUCAGCAGUGAACUAGGCUACAUGAGAGCGAGGGCUUGUUGGGUCCUUCACUAUUUUUGUGAAGUGAAGUUCAAAAGUGACCAGAACCUGCAAACGGCCUUAGAGCUGACACGAAGGUGUCUGAUUGAUGAUAGGGAAAUGCCUGUGAAAGUGGAAGCUGCCAUUGCACUUCAAGUGUUGAUCAGCAAUCAAGAAAAAGCUAAAGAAUACAUUACACCAUUCAUCAGACCUGUAAUGCAAGCUCUUCUUCACAUUAUAAGAGAAACAGAAAAUGAUGAUCUUACCAAUGUAAUUCAGAAAAUGAUCUGCGAGUAUAGUGAAGAAGUUACUCCUAUUGCCGUAGAAAUGACACAACAUUUGGCAAUGACAUUUAAUCAAGUAAUCCAGACUGGGCCAGAUGAAGAAGGAAGCGAUGACAAAGCAGUUACUGCUAUGGGAAUCCUCAAUACUAUCGAUACACUUCUUAGUGUAGUUGAAGAUCAUAAAGAGAUAACCCAGCAGCUUGAGGGAAUCUGCUUACAGGUCAUUGGAACUGUUUUACAACAGCAUGUCUUAGAAUUCUAUGAGGAGAUCUUCUCUUUAGCACAUAGUUUGACAUGUCAACAGGUGUCUCCGCAGAUGUGGCAGCUACUACCUCUGGUAUUUGAAGUUUUCCAGCAAGAUGGCUUUGAUUACUUUACAGAUAUGAUGCCUCUGCUUCAUAAUUAUGUAACAGUUGAUACAGACACACUUCUGUCUGAUACCAAGUAUCUUGAAAUGAUAUACAGUAUGUGCAAAAAGGUUCUUACAGGAGUUGCAGGAGAAGAUGCAGAGUGUCAUGCAGCAAAAUUGUUAGAGGUCAUCAUUCUACAGUGCAAAGGGCGUGGCAUUGACCAGUGCAUUCCCUUAUUUGUGGAAGCAGCUUUAGAGAGACUGACAAGAGAAGUGAAGACAAGUGAACUUCGAACAAUGUGCCUGCAAGUUGCCAUUGCAGCUUUGUAUUAUAAUCCACACCUGCUUCUCAACACCUUAGAAAAUCUUCGUUUCCCUAAUAAUGUAGAACCAGUUACAAAUCAUUUUAUUACACAGUGGCUUAAUGAUGUUGAUUGUUUCUUGGGGCUUCAUGAUAGAAAGAUGUGUGUUCUGGGCUUAUGUGCUCUUAUUGAUAUGGAACAAAUACCACAAGUGUUAAAUCAGGUUUCUGGACAGAUUUUGCCAGCUUUUAUCCUCUUAUUUAAUGGAUUAAAAAGAGCAUAUGCCUGCCAUGCAGAACACGAGAAUGACAGUGAUGACGAUGAUGAAGCUGAAGAUGAUGAUGAAACAGAGGAACUGGGGAGUGAUGAAGAUGAUAUUGAUGAAGAUGGGCAAGAAUAUUUGGAGAUUCUGGCUAAGCAAGCAGGUGAAGAUGGAGAUGAUGAAGAUUGGGAAGAAGAUGAUGCUGAGGAGACUGCUCUGGAAGGCUAUUCUACAGUCAUUGAUGAUGAAGAUAAUCCUGUUGAUGAGUACCAGAUAUUUAAAGCUAUAUUUCAAACUAUACAAAAUCGUAAUCCUGUGUGGUAUCAGGCUCUGACUCAUGGUCUUAAUGAAGAACAAAGAAAACAGUUACAGGAUAUAGCAACUCUGGCUGAUCAAAGAAGAGCAGCCCAUGAAUCCAAAAUGAUUGAGAAGCAUGGAGGAUACAAAUUCAGUGCUCCAGUUGUGCCAAGUUCUUUCAAUUUUGGAGGCCCGGCACCAGGGAUGAAUUGAGUUAUCACUUUCUUUCCUGCUGUGUGAUUGUAGUGAAGAGCUUGUGUUCCUCCUAGUAGCGGUUCCAGAACUGGUUCAUGUUAUCUACUCUAAACUAAUUGAUCAAUAGAUGGACAAAAAAACCCAGGAGGUGGGACCUGAUCAUGAACUUGGCACUGAAGAGGAAACCAGAGGGAUUUGGUGGGGAGGUGUUCUGGGGGGGGGGGGUAUUUUCUUUAUUUUUUUGAAGAAAGUAAGAUUCUGACUGAAAGUUCAAGUGACACUGUGGAAAUUGAAACAAGAGGGGAUGUCAUGAAGGCAGCUUUUCUUUUUCUGAGGAAAAAAUAGGCAUGGGCUACAGGACUAUUUAAAACGUCUCAUUUACAGUAUAAGCUCAAAGGUAGAUGUAAUUUUUACACCUAUGAGUAUUUGUCCAAUUUCUGUCUCUUCCUCACCAUUGGGUAUCUGUUCUUUAUAUGUAAAUAAGAUAAGGUAAUCGAUAGCCUUAUUCAAUCUUCAUCAUUUUCAUUCAUCAAAGAUUGUUCCUAUGUAGAUUAUUGGACAUUUAUUGUAGCACUACAUAACUGAUUAAAAAAAAAUCUGUAAAUGAAUUAGCACUUUCAUAUUGAAACAAGCCUGCUAGCCUAUGUAUAAAAUAGCAAAAUGUUUGCUGUUUAUAAAAAGAAGGGAUGUAAUGGGGUGGGGGGCAAGGGUAAUUUCAAGUUAUUAAUUUAAAAAUGAACUAGCAAUUUUGUACCUGAUGACUUUGUGGUGCACUCACCUCUGACAGUGACUUGAAUUCGGUAUGUUAAAAGGGGUUAGUGAUAUUUCAUUGCUGCUAAAAAAUGGCAACUCCCUCUGUCCUGUUUUUUCUUAAAGCUCUCAGUGUGCAAGUGGAUGGAUAUUUGGAUACAAGACUUUACUGUAACAAAUAAGAAAGGUGAUAUUUGAAGCAUGUAAAUUGGAUAUAAAGUUCUACUCUUAAAGAGUUGAUCAAAGAGUAUGGCUAAACAUCUAUAUAUGCAAUCUAUUAAAAGAACUUAAUUCGGCUAUUAUGUCUUGAUUUGAUUGCAGUUUUUUCCUAAUUAUAAAUUUUUUUCCUCAUUGGCCUGUUUUUAUCCUGUACCUAGAAAGAGUGCAAAGUGCACAACUUUAAAAUUUGACACCUGCUCACCCCCCCUUUUCCCCAUCUGUCUCCUACCCCUCAUAUUGAUUGUGGUAUCUGAUCUUAACUAGAUAGGCUGAAGGUACAUGGUUCCCUCCAAAAACCACUAUUGAUACCACUGUAAAAACAAGCCAGCAACAAGACAAUGUAGAGAGGGUGGCUUACUUCCCUCUCUCCUAACAGCAUGUUCAAAAAUAAGUCUUUAUUGAUCUUAAACAUCUGUCAGAUGAGUCAUACUUUGGGUUUUUUUUUUUAAUAUACAUGUAUACACACAAAUUUCAAAUUGAAAGCAACAUCUCAAUGGAGUAAAAACUAGUAAAUGCUGUUGUCUAUAACAGACUAGAAAAUUUAUAACUGUAAAAAUGAAACAAAUGCACAUAUUGAUAUUUAAAAUGCAUAAUGAAGAAAACCCAUUGGUGUUGUGUUUUUCUUGUAUGCCAAUAAUUAAGCCACUACUGCUGGCACUGUUUGGUUUUCUAUUUUAACACUGAAGGAGUGAAAAGUAUUUCCUAUAUUUAUGAAUUUACUAUGAAAAUCUUGGCAAAAAAAGAAAAAAAAAUGUCUAAAAUGUGUGGGUGAAAAUUGUUAAUCAAGUGUGUUUCUACUUUCUUUCCUCCAAGUUGGACACCAUCUGUAUACUCUAGGUUGCUUAAGGGGAUUUCACUAUUAUAUAAAAUCAGUAAAAUUAAAAUGGAGUAGUUGUAUAUAUGCAACAUUGUGUACAGAGGGGAGAUAUUGAAUAGUAUUAAACAUUUUCGUCUUCCUUUACCUUUUAUCCCCUAAUACCUAGUCUUUUUUAAAUUUCAGACUUCACUGCUCUUUGAAUUGAUAAUUCCAAUUUUCACAUUGUUAUUGGAAAACCAUAUCUAAUAAAGGUUUAGUUAUUCCCAUGCACAGUAUGAAAAUUCUCGUUUGCUGAGGUUUUAUUUCAAGAAAAUGUAUUGGCAUGUCUUUGAGAACAAGUUUAUUGUCUCCUGUCAUACAAUCCAAAGUAAUCUCCAUUUAUGGAUUUUAACGGAAAUUAAAGACCUUAAAAUUAAACUAUAUUUAAUAUUAGUGUUCAAAUGGUAGUUUCUAAUGCAUCAAAUAUAUACCUCAAUUAUUUUCAGUAUUUCCUUAAAUUUAACAUCAAAUUAUAGUUUCUUAACAGGUUAUGGAUCUUGAUAUGUGUCAGUGUUUCUAGAUAAGGCUGUAGGAAGUACAUUUGGAUAACUUUUUGAGAGUAUUUACAAACUUGUAAUUAAUUGCAUAUAGGUUUUAUUUAUUUAAUAUACAGCUUUUCCCACAGUUUCAUUGACCUAUAACUUAUUUUUUAAUUUAUAAAAGUUAAUUCUGAUUUUG